AUGACAGCUCAAAAAGCCAGCGACAGAAAUCUAAGGCGGAAUUAUUGCAUUUUGUAAAACACUUUCAUGUGCAAUUACUAUUCAAAUUCGAAUAUACAUACCAAUUAUGAUGUCUACCACAGAAGGAGAAUUGGAUGUCGAGGUGUCCCAUGAACUUGAAGAUGGCGAGUUAGAAGAUUCUGACGUGGAAGAGGGUACAUACAUCCCCUUGGCGCGACCUGAAGCCUUCAACCCGCCUUCUCUAGUGAAUAUGCAGAUUCAGGACGAACAAAGUGAUGAGGAGUCUGUUCAGGAGUCAUCAGGUUCGGAUUCUGACGAAGAACCCCGUCGACGGCCAAAGCGGACUAAACUAAGACCUCGACGCCCGCAACCACAAACUCCCACUGGCAAAAAGGACAAAUAUAAUAUUUGGUGUAAAGCAUUACAGGAAGAUCUUCUUACAGAGGAUAUGGUCACCUGUGGUGUAACAAAGAAAAGUAGAUAUGGCGUUGAAUCUUAUGAUUACACAAUUAAGUACAGAUUAAAUGAUGACUAUAUUUCUAAUAAAAAGGUAUUUACAAACAGCCAUGAAUACAGGAAUAAAGAUCAGUCCACAAAUAAAAGAAGUAUUUCAGAUAGAUCUAAUGUAAAACUAAGGUUAGGUAAAAGAGUAAACAGUGAACUGCCAUUAGAAGAAAAACAAAAACCAAAAAUAUUACCAGAUUUACUUGUCACAACCGAUCACCCUACAGAACAAAUAGCCAAUGAAAUUGCUGAGAAGUUGUUAGAAGAAAAGAAAGACUUAGUGGGUAGGAUUGUUCAGGUGAUUGGUAUCAGUAAAGCUAUAGAAAUAUACAAAGAAACACAGAGAAUUGAGGCAGAUGGUGGAAUGCUUGUAAUGAAUGGUACACGAAGGCGAACCCCUGGUGGUAUUUAUUUCUUUUUAUUAAAACGUGAUGAUGAUAUCUCCCAAAGUAUGAUAAAUCAAAUAUUUAAUGAAGAACGGAAAGAAACAACUCGAAAGAUUAAAAAAACACGUGCCAAGAGUCGUCAAAAAGUUAUGGAACAGUUAAAACAAAGUCUUACAGAUUCAGAAUUACCCUCAUUACUUUCACGGGGUGAAGCAACAGUACAAUCUGAACACGGUUCCAAUCCACCACCGUCGCCGGCGACAGACGCACGUGAGGGCUCUAGCGACACUGACGCACAUUCGCACACGGAACAACCGCCAUCCCCAUCACGACCACGGUCACCACUACCUGAUCGGACAUUGACACGUAACAUACAGGAAUAUGAAGAUGAUGAUUUCUUAGAAGUUAUGUGCAAUGAUGAUAUGGACUUAUUCUAGAGUAAGGGGUAGUUUUCCUGGUGCUGUGUUUCUGCCUCUACUAAUUAGAGUUAAAUGUAGUAUGUAAUUUGUUUAUUACCUUAAAUAUAGUCAGAAUGUUUGAAGUUACAAGUGUGUGAUGAUGUUGCAUACUUAAUAUCAAAGUGUGUUCCCACAGCGUGCAUUCCCUUUUGCAUCUCUUGAUGUGGCUGUGAAUUUUUACACACUGUUUACAAGACUCUAGAAAAAUGAUGCCUUGGAAAUUGUUACUGCUAGUAGUGGUUAAUUAGUUAACUCUACAAUUGGAUCAGUAUUGUAAAUAUUACUUGUUUUUAUUCACAGUGUUAUCUAGGCAUUGGUUCUAUUUUAUGUUUAACAUUUAAAAAGUAAUGUCCCUGUCUAUAUUGUAACACGGACUGAGGAUGGGUUAGAACUACUUGUAGUAAAGUAUACAACAAUGGACCAUCUCGAAAAACUUAAAUGAACUGUAAAUAUAUAUAAAAUUAUCUAACUUUUUAUUUUAUAAUUUUUCACAAAUUUUGGUUUUGAUAGUCUUUAUACUAGUUAUACUGAACUGUAAUACUAUAUAUUUGUUUAGCAGGUACUAUAAUAAUUGGUUUACAGUUUUAAAAGUCAAUCAGAGAAUAAAUCUUUAAAAUGACAUUCAUAAAUUACACACUAGAAACUCAAUUAUAAACUUCAUCCAUUAGAUCUGAAUAUGCUGGCAUAUUGAAUACACAAAAUAUUAAAUGGCAUAAACCUGUCAUUGUAUGAAGAUACUAUCAUUACAUUAAGUACCCUUGAAAUGCAGUACUAAAUAUAUUAAAACGCAAAAAGUACUAUUUUUAUAAAGCAUUCUUAGAAGUCUUAUACAUUAUAAAUAUUGGCAAUUAUAUUGUACAUCCGCCUAUAAAUAUUUUUUUAUAAAUACAACUGUAUCUCAAUGGUUCCAAAUCUUGUUAUGUAAAAUACAGCUUGUAGAUGUAGACAAUAAUAGUUACUAAUUAGUAGGUUUCAUAUAGAGCGGCGUAGCAUUUAAUUGUUACAGAAAAAUUAUGAUCAAAACAUCUCUUUAAUAAAUAAUAGUCAAAAUACAGUGUA